GCCGUCUCGCAUUGAGCGAUAUAAUGCAGUCGACCCAUCCAAGAUGGUGCUGGAAAGUACUAUGAUAUGCGUCGAUAACAGCGAUUACAUGAGAAAUGGGGAUUUUAUGCCCACACGCCUGCAAGCACAACAAGAUGCUGUCAACUUGGUGUGUCACUCCAAAACCCGUUCAAAUCCGGAGAAUAACGUCGGUCUUAUAACGCUUGCUAAUGUUGAAGUUUUAGCAACACUCACGAGCGAUGUUGGCAGAAUAUUGUCAAAGCUUCAUCAGGUUCAACCAAAUGGAAAGUUGGCUCUUGUCACAGGUAUCAGGAUUGCUCAUUUAGCUCUGAAACAUCGACAAGGCAAGAACCACAAAAUGCGUAUCGUUGCAUUUAUCGGCAGUCCGAUAGACAUCGACGAGAAAGAACUGGUGAAAUUGGCGAAGCGUUUGAAGAAGGAAAAAGUGAACGUUGAUGUCAUAAGCUUUGGCGAGGAGAGUGUCAAUAACGAGGUAUUGACGGCCUUUGUGAACGCAUUGAACGGCAAGGAUGGUACCGGGAGCCAUCUCGUCACCGUUCCACCAGGACCGCAUUUGUCGGACGCUCUCAUUUCCUCACCGAUCAUCCAAGGCGAAGACGGGAUGGGUGCCGCUGGUAUGGGCAGUGCCGCGUUUGAAUUCGGUGUCGAUCCGAAUGAAGAUCCCGAGCUCGCAUUGGCAUUGCGCGUUUCUAUGGAAGAGCAACGGCAGCGGCAAGAGGAUGAAGCACGUCGCGCGCAGGCGAACGAUACCACCACGACUAAGCAGCCGGAGACUAUAAAGGAAGCUCCCAAUGAGGAGGCCAUGUUGAAGCGUGCUCUUGCUAUGUCUCUCGAAGGCGCCGAUGACUCGGCUGCCACCACCGACACCACCGCUCCAUGCAGGGCGAACGUACCGGACUUCACUAAUAUGACCGAAGAGGAACAAAUUGCUUUCGCUAUGCAAAUGUCCAUGCAGGAUCAGCAGGAGCUCGAGUCGCAGAAAGAAGAGGCGAUGGAUGUGGAGGAGGAUUACGCAGCCGUCAUGUCCGAUCCUGCUUUCCUACAAUCGGUUCUGGAAAAUUUGCCGGGCGUAGAUCCGCAUUCCGAAGCUGUGCGCCAGGCUGUCGGGUCGUUACAGCAGAAUAAAGAUAAAGAAAAGGAGAAGGAGAAGGAGAAGGACAAAGAAAAAAAAUAAACAGCUUCUUUUUCUAUUUAGUUCUUUCGUAUUUACGAUAAUGUCAUUUGAUAUUUUCCAUUAUUAUGUAUGAUAUUGUAGCUAAUUUGUCCUGCUGCUUGAUGAAAUAUAUUAUCAAUUUCUCGAAAUUUUAAA